AGGGAAAGGCUGUACAAGAACAUCCAUAAACGUACCCAUAAUUUUGCCCAACCAUUUGGGGUGGACGGUAGAGCGACGGUCUGGCUUCAUGCAGGUCGGCGUUCAAUCCCCGACCGUCCACAAGUGGUUGGGGCACCAUUCCUUUCCCCCCGUCCCAUCCCAAAUCCUUAUCCUGACCCCUUCCAAGUGCUAUAUAGUCAUAAUGGCAUGGCAGGUUCCCCUGAUAGUUCCCUUCCCUUACCCACAAUUAAAUCGGGUGUCGUAGUGACAUCACACACCUUACAUGUGCUAUAUAUAAAACCCAACUUUAUCUAUUAUUUUUGUUGGGUUUGGAUCGAUUGCUAAGGUUACAAAAUCAGUUAGAAUAAAUUAACAUUGAAGCUUCACACCAACCAUGGAGCUGAACGUGGAAGAGUUGUUUGGGCAGCGUGAAGCAGAAAGUGACCGAGACUCUGACUCGGGAGCUGAAGAUGGUGAAGAAAGUGACGAUGGGGGUCGUAAUAAUCCAAUGGAGGAAGCUGUCGAGGUUCCCGAACCUGGUCAGGAGACGGCUACCCAGCAGCAGCCUAUUAAGCCUAAGAAAGUGGUGAAGAAUCCUCAGCCAAAACUUGAUAUUCACCGGUUGGCUGGUCCAAGAGGAAUUGGAAUUAUCCAAAAAUCUUUUAAAAACGUGAAGUUCCGUGGAAAAGGUCACGAAAAAGAAGAUAUUGAUGUUCUCUUGAAGAUUCUUGAGCAUUGGGCACAUCGUCUCUUCCCGAAGCUUCCAUUUAGAGACACUUUAGAGCAAAUAGAAAAAUUAGGGAUGAAGAAAAAUGUCCAGGUGCUCUUAAAACGUCUUCGACUAGACAUGUUUACUGAAAGUGAGCUCAAUGGUGUGAGUGAAGAGACAGUAAGGCGAGGCAUAGAUGAUGAAGAGGAGCAGCAAGAAGAACCAACAAUUGAUGUAUUCGAUGAGUUGUUGGGUAAUAAUGGCUUCUCUGCACCUUCCCAAACUGUUCUUCCACCAUCAGAAUCUAUCAGUCAUAUACCAAGUGAACUUAACAAGACUCUGACAGAUGAGCAGAAAGAACGACUUGAACGCAAUAAAAGGCUUGCAGAGGAGAAACGAAUGGCCCGAUUAAAGAUACAAAAUGAGGAGAAAGCCAGACGAAUGGCAUCAGUCGUCGAGGACCGGGAGACAGAAGUGGAGUCAGAGGAUAUUUUUGAUAAUGUGAUGAAAGUAGUGAAUGUAAAUGAAGCAGACAAGCCAGGAGGUGCCAGUGAUGCGUCAUCAGGGGAAGAUGGUCGUGACGCUGGAAUAGAAGACAUGGAGACACAGGAAAGUGGCGAAGACCGUAUAAUAAGAAUGACAGAAGAGGAAACGACACCACAGUUGGCAGACACGGAGAAAGGCGAGGAAACAGCAAUGCAGUUAGAAGGUACGGAGAAAGAAGUAGGGGAAGUAACACCAGAACUAGCAGACAAUGAAAGAGAAGAGGAUAAUGCCCCAUCUUCCUCAAGUAGAGUGAACCCUAUAGAUAGUGACAACAAUGAAAUUAAUUCUGAAAUACCUCUAAUUGACUCCACAGGUGAUGGUAUACAACCCAAGGCAAUCCUAGGGAUGAGAGAGGUGUCAGAAAGUAUCAAUAAUAGCGCAGGAGAGAGUUUAGCCAAAGAAAAUGGGCAAAGAGAAUUGGCAGAGGCAGACAAGGAUGAUGCAGGCUGUUUAUUUACAGAAGAUGAUAUGCUUGAUAUGUUGGAUCAAGAGGAAAGCUAACAGUAAGCAUUUACACACCCAAACACCUCACAUAACUUUUAUUAUAAAAUAUGUUUAUUUAUCUUCCUGUCUAUUGAUUUUUUUAACCAACAGGCAAAACAAGAUGCCACAAUUUGAAAUGUAACAAAAAAUUUAUGUAAAAAUGAGAGUAGCUCUUGAUAAACUAAAUAUUACACAAGAGGAAUGGGCUUUAAGAGAGUGUUAAAUGUGUGUAAAGAACCUCUAAGAACAAAACCUGUUCAUGAUAAGUGAAAUAAAGAUGUGGAAACUCC